AAGCUUCGUAGUUCCUUCGUUCUUGGCUUAAUCUUUCUGCUUCGCGUUUAUUGUAUAGCAUAAUACGAACAAUCUGAUUCAAGCACAAAACAUAGUAACCAGAUAACACAACAUUUUUAAGGCGUACAAAUCAGCAAAGGUUUAAGUUAUGGCCCACGUCGACGAAUACAUGGUACGGGUUCCAAAACAUGUUCCCAAGAAAUACAACGUCAUGAGAUUUAAUGCUAGCGAUAAAGUCGAUAUUCGGAAAUGGGCUGAAGCAACAUUGGUUCGUGAUAUGCGGGGAAAGAAGACGUACGAAGAAGAAGAAGUUUAUCCGGAGUUUGGUGCUGGGAGUGAAUAUGGAAGGAAACAGAGAGAAGAGGCAAGGAAAUUAAAAUAUGGAAUGAAAAGAAAGAAAUUUGUCGUCGAAAACCAACCCUGGAAUCUUUCAGCAGUUACACCAGAGGUGGACAAAAAUGAUAAGAAAAAGUUCAAUAAAUCAGGGGAUAUUAAACCAAAGCUCGUUACCAAGGAUUACACUGGAAAGAAAGAAGGGGGGAUUGGGGAGGGCUCGAUGUACUUUGUGUUCACACAGAGACCGGAUUUUACUUUUGAGGCGUACCCAGUUGAAGAUUGGCAUAAUUUUAAUCGCAAGAUCCAACAUCGAACGUUGACUGAUGAAGAAGCUGAAGCAGCUUGGGAUAAAAGGGAUAAAAUCGUGAAUCAUUUAAACUACAUGGCAAGAAAGAGACUUCAUAUAAAUGAUGAGGAGGCCGGAGUUAAUGAGGAUGAGACAGGAGGAAAGGGGAACAUUAAGAUCCUUAAGAAGAUUAAAAAGGAAGAAAAUGAUCUUGUAAUUCACGAUGAUGAGGAUCUGGAUAUGUAUAUGAGUGGGAGCAGUAGUGACAGCGAUGGUGGAAGUGACAGCGGGAAAAAGAAGAAGAAGAGUAAAACUGUUAAGAAGAAAAAAGAAGAUUCUGAGAAUGAGCAGGAGGAAGCGUUGGAAGAUUCAGAUGAUGGAGAGCACGAAGGGACGGAGGUUGCGUAUGCAAGUGAUGUUAGUAGUGAUCAAGAUGAAGAGGAGAAUGACUCCCGUGUUGCUCCUCACGGAGUUGAUGAGUUGGAAGAAUCCUCAAGCAGUGACGAGGAAGAAGCGGCGAAGAAUGAGAAGGAAAACGAUAAAAGUGCGGGAACAACAAAGCAGCCAAAGGGGAGCGAUAACAGUGGUUCGUCGGAAGAUUCAGCGAGUGAUAUUGACGAGGAAGAAUCCCUCUCGAAGAGUGCGCUGUUCAUGCAAAGAAGGAAAACACCUCCUAAAGAUAAAGGGAGUAAAGGAAGCAAAAGUAACAGCAGGUCUUCUACUCCAACUGCAGAACUUACAGGUGCUCAUAGCUCAAAAUCUGAUUUGCAAAGUGUGAAAAGGAAGUUAGAGACUGGUCGUCAAUCUCCUCUCGCGUCUUCCAUGCUUGGUAAGCGAGGUGCUUCUACUAGCAAGCAGGACGGGGUGUCGGUGAAACGACAGAAAACCUCACAAGCCAGUUCUGGCAAGACAACACCAAGCAAAGAUGCCUCACCACAUGGUAUAACUGAGGAGACAGUGAAGAAGUAUCUCACCCAUAAACCAAUCACCACCAAGGACUUACUUAAAAAGUUUAAGAAGAAGAAUGUCGGGUUAAGUAGCGAACAAAUUGUUGAGAAAGUAGCAAUGAUUUUACGGAAGUUAAACCCACAGAAAAUACAAACCAAUGGAAAAAUGCAUUUAUUCUUGCGCGAAACUUGAACUAAAUAUGAAUCUCUGUAAUUACUUUUGCUAUGUUUUAUUUGUAGGCUCAUUGGAUUAUCCUGAUUUUAAUUAGACAAGAUAUUUAGGAUAAAGUACAUUUAGAAACUGCCCUAAACUACUUUGUACUGCCUACAGUUUGUAUUUAAACAUCUUACAAAACACCCGUGUUAACAAUUCCUUCUUCAUUGAGAAUUAAUGGCUUUAAAUUUAUAGACCAAAGAUUCAAAAAUUUUAAUGCGAAUACUAAUAAUGUCUUUGUGGUAACUGUAAUCUAAUAUUCCGCAUUUUUUCUUUAUUUCUAG